ACACUCCCAAUGUGCACGUCCCCUCUUGAUGACAUUUGCUUUCAGACGUAGUUGAUUGGUCAACAUUCGAAGCGGCCGAAGCUGGGUGACGUCACUGCGCAGGCGGGAAAAACAAAAAUGGCGUUCUGACUAUCAUUUCGAAAAAAAAAAGUAAUUGAACCAAGAAAUUCGAGCCUGAGGUAUUAACCUAAGAAAAAAGAAAGACCUUUUGAACGGUGUAAUUUUCUAUAUGUUUAGGUCUACACUCUCAAGAAGGGGCAGCUGGAAAAAUGGAGGAUGCAGAAACACGAUUCACUCAUCUCCUCCAACCCAUUCGGGAUCUAACCAAAAACUGGGAGGUGGAUGUCGCUGCCCAACUUGGUGAAUACUUAGAAGAGUUGGACCAAAUCUGCAUUUCUUUUGAUGGAGGUAAAACCACAAUGAAUUUUGCAGAGGCAGCUCUACUUAUCCAGGGAUCUGCUUGUAUCUACAGUAAAAAAGUAGAAUACCUGUAUUCUCUGGUGUACCAAGCGUUGGAUUUCAUCUCCAAUAAAAAGAAAGACCAUCAACCAACAUCUGUGGGUGCAGAUGGUGUAGACAAGGAUGCAACGUUUGCGCAUCGCAACAAUGAGGAUGAAUUUCUGAGCCUUGAUGAUAUAAGUGAUCCCAAGAAAACAAAUGUAGACAUGAAGAAGGACCAAAAUCCAAAUUUUGUGAACAUUGUCCCUUUAACUCCAAUGGCACUGGUCCCUCCCGAAGAGGUGGAAAAGAAAAAUAACCCUUUAUGCAGCCGUAAAGGGGAGGUCCUUGCAAGUAGGAAGGACUUCCGUAUGAACACUUGCACUCCUCAUGUAAGCGGUGCCUUCAUGGUAGAGCUGGCCAGAAUGUCACCUACGCAUUUCAUGCAAAGAUUGCACCAAGAGGAGAUCAGCCAAAAUCCAGUCAUGCAGGAUAAAAAAAUGGAAAAUAUAGAGUCGGAUAACGGGGAGUGUGGUGCUCCUGUGCAUGUAUUGAAUUUCAGCGACAAUGGAGCCCCCAUAAUGGAUAAUGGAGAUGAUGGUGGAUUUAUUCCACUUGAUGAACCUCAUGAAGCAGACGAUCCUGGUGGAGUAGUAGAUGCAGAAAUGGAGCCUGUAGAGCACAUUGAGAGGAGGAAGAUGCAAUCGGAAGGGAGAGGCUACGUCUUACGAGACAAGGCGGGUCAGCAGAAUUUACCUCCAGUUGUUCAGAAUGAGGUCUCUGAUCCUUGGCAAAGCCUAGACCCUUUUGAGUCCUGUGAAGAGAAACCCUUUAAGAAAGGUAAACAUUACACAAUUCCUCGAGGUGUGGUAGAAGAUCUGCCCUCCAACAAGAGGAAGAGACGGCUACCUUGCAAGCUACAGGAUUUCAUGAAGUGGUUUUCCUCUACACAUUGGGAUGGUUCAGAAGCUGUAAAGUCUAGGAGGAAAGGACCCACAUUUGCUGAUAUGGAAGUCUUGUACUGGAAGCACGUUAAAGAGCGUCUUGUGGCGCAGAGGCAGUUCCAGAGAAAAAUGGGGCCACAGUUUGCCAAGGUGGUUGAAAUUGUCAAUGAAGAAGAGCAAGUUAAUCUACUGGAACAACCACGUGAAGAUGACUAUUUGGACCAUGAGGACCAUGCUGAUGACCUCUCUGACCUUGAAGAUCUGGGAGCAGAGAUGCCAGCCUGUCUCCGUGAUGAACCUGGUCUUGACAACAUGGAACCUCCUGGCCUUCAAGACCAGAUGACGUAUGAGGAACUAGUGAGAAGGAAUGUGGAAUUGUUUAUAUCAAAUUCUCAGAAAUAUGCUCAGGAGACUGUACUUUCCUUACGUGUGCGUGAAUGGGAGGAUAAAAUGGGGCCGCAGCUGCAAGAACAGGAAGAACGGGGAGCUUUUGAUAUUCAUGACUAUGGUGACCGCCUGGUGUCGCAGUUCCAUCAAGUGGGGGAGUGGCGUACUUUUGCUAGCCUGAUGGCAGAUAAACAACCAUAUGAAGUGUGCAGAUAUAUGUUGGCAUCUCUACAGCUAGCUAAUGACUAUACAGUGGAGGUAUCUCAGAAAUCUGGGCUGCAUGAAGGAUUGGAUACAAUGGCUCUACGACUUCUUAGCCAGCAAAAAGCACAUGAGCGAUUCAAGACCUACACUGCACCAUCCAUCUCCCAGCAGUAACACACAUGUGAAAGUAACACACGUGAAAAUUCCACUGUGCUUUUAUGUAAUCUCAGUACUUUCAGUGAUGCUGUGACAUGAACCAUCCAAUACCUGAAAGAAAAUGCUGUGGCAAAGAAAUGAUAAAUGUACGCAACUGGUGCUAGCCCUUAGUAACAGUUUGUCACAAGUGCUGGUACAUUAUGGUUUUAUAAGAUCUUGCUUUUCUGUACAUAUUUUAAACAAUAUUCUGUACAGCUUUUCUUGUAAGUCUGCUUUUAUAUCUAUAAAUCACUUUUUGUAUAAAUGUAAGAAGUAUGUAA